AUGUCGGACAGCUCUGCAACCCAGGAGGGUGUCAACGAGAAGCGCCUGGAGGGCGUCUCGGAGGAGUACCAGCAGCUCAUCGAGUUCAUCCGCGCGCAAAAGUCGGCCGGCGGCGACGACGAGGGCGCUGAUGAGACCCACAUUGUCAAGAAGCGCAACUUCCCCUUCUUCUGGAAGACCACCGAGGUCCGCGUCAACAAGCACGGCGAGGCCGAGGAAGUCGCCCAGAAGGUCCCCGCCUCGUGGCUCGAGACCGACAUGCUCAAGGGUGUCAGCGAGUCCGAGGUCCACCACCGCCGAUCCCUCUUCGGUUUCAACGAGCUCGAGUCGCCCAAGGAGAACCUCUUCCUCAAGUUCCUCGGUUUCUUCAAGGGCCCCGUUCUCUACGUCAUGGAACUUGCUGUCAUCCUCGCCGCUGGUCUCCGUGACUGGAUCGACUUUGGUGUUAUCAUUGCCAUCUUGCUCCUCAACGCCUUCGUCGGUUGGUACCAGGAAAAGCAGGCCGGUGACAUUGUUGCCCAGCUCAAGGCUGGUAUCGCUCUUCGUUCUACUGUUGUUCGUGACGGCCACGAGGUCGAAAUCGAGGCUCGUGACCUUGUCCCCGGUGACAUUGUCGUCAUCGAGGAUGGAAAGACCGUGCCCUGUGACGGUCGCGUCUUGGCUGCGUACGAGGACAAGGACGGCUCCCAGGCCGCCGCCAUCCUCGAGAAGGCUCGUGCUACCCGCCACGGUGACGACGACGAUGACGAGGGUGUCGACAAGGGACCUGCCAUCAUCGCCUGUGACCAGUCGGCCAUUACCGGAGAAUCGCUCGCAGUCGACAAGCACAUUGGUGACACCGUCUUCUACACCACCGGUUGCAAGCGUGGAAAGGCCUACGUCCUUGCCACCGACAUUGCCAAGCAGACUUUCGUUGGUCGCACUGCCGCUCUCGUACUGGGUGGCGAGACCGAGGGCCACUUCCAGAAGGUCAUGGGCUCCAUCGGUUCGGCUCUUCUCUUCCUCGUCAUCGUCUUCACCCUGAUCUUCUGGAUUGGCGGCUUCUUCCGCAACACCGGUAUCUCGAGCCCCACCGACAACAACUUGCUCAUCUACACCCUGAUCUUCCUCAUCGUCGGUGUCCCCGUCGGUCUCCCCUGUGUUACUACCACCACCAUGGCUGUCGGUGCCGCUUACCUUGCUAAGCGCCAGGCUAUCGUCCAGAAGCUCACUGCCAUCGAGUCGCUCGCCGGUGUCGACGUCCUCUGCUCCGACAAGACGGGUACCCUCACUGCCAACAAGCUGUCCAUUCACGAGCCCUUCACCUCGGAGGGUGUCGACGUCAACUACAUGAUGGCCGUCGCCGCUCUCGCCUCGUCGCACAAUGUCAAGUCGCUCGACCCCAUCGACAAGGUCACCAUCUCGACGCUCAAGGACUACCCCGGUGCUCAGGACGAGCUCGCUUCCGGCUGGACCACCCACAAGUUCACUCCCUUCGACCCCGUCUCCAAGCGUAUCACCGCCGAGGUGGAGAAGGACGGAAAGCAGUACAUCGCCGCCAAGGGUGCCCCCAACGCCAUCCUCAAGCUCUGCGCUCCUGAUGCCGAGACUGCCGCUCAGUACCGAAAGGUCGCUGGUGACUUUGCCUCGCGUGGUUUCCGUUCGCUCGGUGUUGCCAUGAACACCGACGGCCAGUGGAAGCUCCUCGGUCUCCUGCCCAUGUUCGACCCUCCCCGCUCCGACACUGCUGCUACCAUCGCCGAAGCCCAGUCGCUCGGUAUCUCGGUCAAGAUGCUUACUGGUGACGCCGUCGCUAUCGCCAAGGAGACGUGCAAGAUGCUGGCUCUCGGCACCAAGGUGUACGACUCGCACCGCCUCAUCGGCGCUGGUGGCAUGUCUGGUUCGGCUAUUCACGACUUUGUCGAGGCUGCCGAUGGUUUCGCCGAGGUGUUCCCCGAGCACAAGUACCAGGUCGUCGAGAUGCUCCAGCACCGUGGUCACUUGACUGCCAUGACCGGUGACGGUGUCAACGACGCUCCCUCGCUCAAGAAGGCCGACUGUGGUAUUGCCGUCGAAGGUGCCUCGGACGCUGCUCGCUCCGCUGCCGAUGUCGUCUUCCUCGACGAGGGUCUCUCGACCAUCAUCACCUCGAUCAAGGUCGCCCGUCAGAUUUUCCACCGCAUGAAGGCGUACAUCCAGUACCGUAUCUCGCUCUGUCUCCACCUCGAGAUCUACCUGGUGCUCACCAUCCUCAUCCUCGACGAGGUGAUCCGAUCCAACCUGAUUGUCUUCAUCGCUCUGUUCGCCGACGUUGCCACCAUCGCCAUUGCCUACGACAACGCCCCCCACGCCAAGGCCCCCGUCGAGUGGCAGCUGCCCAAGAUUUGGGUCAUCUCGGUCAUCCUCGGUCUCCUGCUCGCCGCCGGUACCUGGAUCAUCCGUGGUACGCUCUUCCUCAACAACGGUGGUGUCAUCCAGAACUUUGGUAACACGCAGGAGAUCCUCUUCCUCGAAGUCUCGCUCACGGAGAACUGGCUCAUCUUCAUCACUCGUCUGGGCGGUGGUGAGUCGGACAUCACGCUCCCCUCGUGGCAGCUGGUGGGCGCCGUGCUGGGUGUCGACGUGAUUGCGACUCUCUUCUGUCUCUUCGGUUGGCUCUCGGGUGCUCCCCGCCGCAACCCCGUCACUGCUCCUCACGGUGGCUGGACCGACAUUGUCACCGUCAUCCGUGUGUAUGCCUACUCGAUCGGUGUCACCGCCAUCGUUGGUGCCGUGUACUACAUGCUCAACAAGUGGACCUGGCUCAACAACCUCGGUCGCCGCACUCGAUCGCAGAAGAACCCUCUGCUCGAGGACUUCUUUGUCAACCUGCAGCGUCUCACCAUUGUUCACGAGAAGAACGACGAUGGCGAGGAGCUCUGGGCCUUCCACCCGCGAACCGAGAUCGAGGACGAGUAA